CGACGCGCCGCCCAAGAAGCGGCUGAGGACGGCCGGGAGCGGCGGCGGCGGCGCGGAGGGGGCGGCGGGCAGCGUGAAGCUGGAGGAGCGGCUCUACUCCGUGCUCUGCUGCACCGUGUGCCUCGAUCUGCCCAAGGCUUCCGUCUAUCAGUGCACCAACGGGCACCUGAUGUGCGCCGGCUGUUUCAUCCACCUGCUGGCGGAUUCGCGGCUGAAGGAGGAGCAGGCCACGUGUCCCAACUGUCGCUGUGAGAUCUCCAAGAGCCUCUGCUGCCGCAAUCUGGCCGUGGAGAAAGCGGUCAGCGAGCUGCCCGCCGAGUGCGGCUUCUGCGCGCGCCAGUUCCCGCGCUCCCUGCUCGAGAGGCACCAGAAGGAGGAGUGCCAGGACAGGGUGACGCAGUGCAAGUACAAGCGCAUCGGCUGCCCCUGGCAGGGCCCUUUCCACGAGCUCUCCGUGCACGAAUCCGAGUGCGCCCACCCGGCCAAAACGGGCAACGAGCUGAUGGAGAUCCUGGAUGAGAUGGACCAGACCCGCCAGAAGGAGAUGCAGCUCUACAACUCCAUCUUCAGCCUGCUCAGCUUCGAGAAGAUCGGAUACACCGAGGUCCAGUUCCGCCCGUACCGCACCGACGACUUCAUCACGCGCCUGUACUACGAGACUCCGCGCCUCACCGUCCUCAACCAGACGUGGGUGCUGAAAGCUCGCGUCAACGACUCCGAGCGCAACCCCAACCUCUCCUGCAAGCGCACGCUGAGCUUCCAGCUGAUCCUCAAGAGCAAGGUGAAUUCCCCCAUGGAAUGUUCCUUCCUCCUCCUCGAGGGGCCCUACGACGACGUCAAGAUCAAGCCGGUGAUUUAUCACUUCGUCUUCAGCAACGAGAGCAACGAGACCGAUUACAUGGCGCUGCCCAUCGUCGAUUCGGUGGAGUGCAACAAACUGCUGGCGGCCAAGAACAUCAACCUGCGCCUUUUUAUAUUCCAGAUCCAAAAAUAAUAAAGGAAAUGACUUUUUA